CGGAGGCUUCCAUUAGAGGACGCUGUAGUCGCUGCUAGACGGGGAAAGGUCGUGAAAGGUUUGCAAGAAUUUCGCUCGUACACAUUCCACUGAUUCCACAGUCUCCGAAUUUCCAUUGUGAUCGAUUUAAUAAUUACGAACGGUCGACGAGGUAUAAAACACGUGGCUUACGCGCGACCUAUCGAAUUUUUUUAGGUUAGGGCAAGGUCGCUCCGGAACGCGCGUAGCGUUAACAUAUUGCAAUUCGCCGAACGGGAUUAUUUUUCCGAUCUUAUUUUCCCUCUCCUGCUCUCACGAGGAGAUCCGAUCUCGGCAGAUAAGAUUAGCGCGUUUAUCGGCACUCCUGACUCCUGACUGCUGUCUCCUGUCCCCGCGCGUUGCGUGUGAUUUCGCAUUACUGUGCAAUCGCGGCGAUGGCCACCUGGGACGGCUCGUAUCCGGAGGACCUCAAUUACCUGGUGUACGCCGACCGGAACGCGGCCGACGCUGCCGCGGGGAACUGGCAGCAGUACUUCGCCGAGAAUCCCACGUACCUGCGUGACAUACCCGCGGGAGGCUACUACACGGGAACCGGGACCGGGGGCGGUCGGCAGGUCUACGAGCAGAGCGGGCCAACGGCGACCUUCUACCAGACCGGCGCCCAACACCCGCCGAACAUGGUGCCUUUGGAGAACAAUGCCUAUCAGGAACGUGCACUGCCAAACGCAAUGGCUACCUCGAACAGCACCCGAGCGUCGAGCAACGUCGUCCAGACGUCGCGCGACGCGCCACCCUUUUCCCGCGAGUCCCGCGGUGGUUACAAACCGAGGUCCAGGGGUAACCGGGCGGCCGGCAACCGGGCGCCGCCACCACCGAAGAUGGACGACAUCAUCCGGUCCACCGUAGUGGAGAAUUCCAAUCUACAUCCCAUGGCCAAUGAAUUCGUGCCGAACAGUCAGGCCAAGUUCAGGAAGGAUCCCAGAUUCAGAAGGUACGACAACGGCAACGCGACGAGCAGUGGUUUCAAUGCCUGCGCACAGGAAUUCAGGCCAAAAUCGACUGACAAGUCGUCCUUGGCGGACAACAGGUACAAAAACGAGAGACGCUACGACAACAGGAAGGACCCGAGGGACGCAAAUUACAGACAGAAGAGGCCGCAGGACAGAAUGCAGGACGCGCAAGCCCCGAGAUCUGGCUACAGGGAUACUCAGAGAACGUACAACACGAGAAACUACAAUAAGUUUCAGAACGGCAGAUAUUACAAUAGGAAGUAUCAGUCGAACGCGGAACAAAAUGCCGCUGGAGAAGGUCACGCAUCUACAACCGAAGCUACCGACUCAGCUACGUCUAGUAGUCAGGAAAAUAAAACUGUUGUUGAGGAAAUUCAAGAGGACGACUCGUUUUCGGCUACUAAAACCGGUAGAGGCAGAGAAGAGGCAUCGACGUACGAGGAUAACGAUUCGGAAAAUAUGUCCUCGAAAAUUCUUGAGGCACAACGAAACGGUAGACCUAAACGAUUCGCUAAUGCGUCCAAUUAUCAUAGAUACAAUUCAGACGAACAAUCUGAACCCGGUGCCCGGUGGAAAACAACGACAGCAACAAAGUAUGCGCAAAGGAGAAACAAUGAUAUGACAAGUUAUAGAGAAAGGAGAGUGGAAAAUUGGAGAGACAGGACGAAAAGUAAUGAGACAGCACAGACACCACAGGGGAAAAAUCUGAGGAAAAAAUCUGACAUUGAUGAUGACGCGAGUCAAAGGGAGAGAUUAACCGAACAGUUAAACAAGGGAGCAUUGGAAUGUCUGGUCUGUUAUGAGCAUAUCAAGCAAAGCGACUACGUUUGGUCCUGCAGCAAUUGUUAUCACGUAUUGCAUUUGAGAUGCAUCAAAAAAUGGGCCAGGUCGUCUCAGAGCGAGAAUAACAGUUGGAAGUGCCCGGCUUGUCGGGACGUUAGUUUAUUCGUGCCCGAGGAUUACUUCUGCUUCUGCGGUAAGAUGAAGAUGCCGGAGUGGAAUCGCAGAGACGUGGCGCAUUCGUGCGGCGAGAUCUGCGGCCGACAUCUGUCUAAGAAGAAUUGCACGCACAAAUGCACCCUGCUCUGCCAUCCCGGCUCUUGCCCGCAGUGCGUGGCGAUGGUGACCAAGUAUUGCGGAUGCGGGAGAACGUCGAAGAUGCUUCUGUGUAGCGCUCAUCAAUUGUUGAUGUGCGAUUCAAUAUGCGGAAAGGAUCUGUCGUGUGGCAAGCACACCUGCCAGAACAAGUGCCACCAGGGAGAGUGCGGGCCUUGCGACAAAACUGUGCAACAAACAUGUUUUUGUACUAAGAAAACUCAGGAGGUACCCUGCCGAGCCAAUACCGCAGAUACAUAUUGCUGUGAUAAUAUUUGUAACAAACCAUUGGAUUGCGAGAAACAUUAUUGUCAGAAAGUCUGUCACCCGGAGUCCUGCGAACCCUGUUCCUUAACGCCUGAAAGAGUUACGAUGUGCUGUUGUGGCCAAACGCCGUUAACGGAGAAGAGAGAGAGCUGCACGGAUCCUGUGCCGAUCUGCGAUAAAAUCUGCUCGAAGAGCUUAAAAUGCGGCCAGCCUAGUAAUCCGCACACCUGCAAGGCACCAUGUCACGUGGGAGAAUGUCCGGAAUGUGAAUUGAACACCGACGUCAAGUGCCGAUGCGGUAACAUGGACCGCGAGAUCGCCUGCAGAGAUUUGACGACCAAGGCCGAUGACGCGCGCUGCGAGAAACGCUGCAAGAAGAAGAGAUCUUGCGGUAAAC